AUGCGAUUCAAUCUACAAAGUCCACUGGGACUAGGCUCCCUCUGCGCUUCAGUAUUCUCGUUCUUCUCCGGCCAGGACUCAGGCUCUGUAACCCAUCACCCAGUACUCCCGCCAUCUUACCCGCUAGCAGUGCGCAACCCAUAUUUGUCGGCAUGGAUGCCCAGCGACAGGGUCCAGCAUUUACCCUACUCCGAACCCCAGUUCUGGGCAGGUCAGGACCUUGGCUGGUCGGUUAUUGUCCGUGUUGAUGGACAGGCGUAUAGUCUGAUGGGUGUGCCAACCCCCGAAGCAAGCGAUAUACGCCCUGCGAUCGUGCAUCGGGCUGAGUUUACUGCCACGCAUUCUGUCUUUGACCUCAUGGCUGGUUCUGUGGAGGUCACGCUGGAUUUCCUGUCGCCGGUUUCUCCAUCGAAUUAUCUUCGGCAGUCGCUUCCUUUUAGUUACUUGACUGUACAUGUGUCUGGAUCAAACGGUCAGAAUAUCCAAGUUUAUUCGGAUAUUGAUGCCAGGUGGACCGGCAAGGCACGUCGCUCGCAGCGUGGCUUCGAACAGCAGGAUAACCUGGCCAUCUACUCACUUACGGUUGAAGAUGCACCACUGUAUGCCGAGGCAGAUGACAUGGCUCUUUGGGGUCAAGCGAUCCUGGCUUCUCGUCCUUCUAACUUUAGCACAGUAUCUGCCCUCUCAGGAAAGCCUGAGAAAGUGCGUGGUGAAUUUGUGAAAUCCGGUGUGCUCUCUGGGAAAGACGACACUUGGAGUGAUGGAAGUGUCGUCGCGUUAGUUCACGAUUUAGGUCAUUUCACAGAUGGUCUCUCAGUGAACUUUGUGGUAGGCUACGAGAGGGAAUCUGCCAUCAAUUAUCUCGGAGAAGCCUACACUGGCUACUAUCGGGCCGAGUACCCGACAACCUCAAGUGCGCUAUCAUUCUUCUUGGACGAUUAUGGCAGCGCAUUGUUGGAGUCAUGGAAGCUAGAUAAGGAAAUUGUCACCUUGUCUGCGGCUACUGCAGGUCCCAAGUAUGCAGAUAUCAUCGCUCUGUCAACUCGACAAGCAUACGGAGGUAUCGAUUUGACUAUCGCCAACGACACGCUCGACACCAACGACGUGUUGGCUUUUAUUAAGGAACUUUCCAGUGAUGGAAACAUCAACACUAUCGAUGUGAUUAUGCCCGCUUUCCCAGUUUACUAUGUCAUGGAUCCGGAUUACAUUCGCCUGCUACUGGAGCCCGUGAUGAAGUAUCUCGCUGCUGGUCGCUGGCAUCUGCCAUACACAAUCCAUGAUCUGGGCACUCAUUAUCCUCACGCCAUUGGACAUGAUGACCAGCAAGCAGAGCCCAUGCCCAUUGAGGAGUGUGGAAACCUUCUGGUUCUAGCUUCUGCAUAUGCUUACGCCACCGGUGAUACCAAAUGGACUUCACAGUACACAGAGAUCUUCCAGAAGUACGCCGACUACUUGGUUGACAAUAGUAUCAGUAUUGCGACUCAGCUCUCUUCCAAUGACGCAGCUGGGCCACUCGCCAAUGAGACAAAUCUGGCAAUCAAAGCGGCGGUUGGUCUCAAAGCAUUCGGGGAGAUGAGUGGGAACAAGUACUACUCUCGUAUUGGGGAAGAGCACGCGAGUCUCUUUUUCGAAAAAGGUCUGGGGACAGACAAACAGAAGACACAUUUUGUGCUGGAAUAUCCUGACUAUCCAGAAACCUGGAAGACCCCAUACAACCUCUUCCCGGAUGUCUUGCUGGACCUGAAAACGUUCCCCGAUGCUGCCUACCGGAUGGGUAGUGAUUUCUUUGCAACUGUUCGAGGCGAGUAUGGUGUUCCACUCGACAAUCGUCAGGAUUGGGCCAAGUCAGACUGGAAUAUGUGGCUGGCUGGCACCUUUGAUACGAGCACUCGGGAUGAGUUCGUCGAUGACCUGUGGGCUUUCAUGACCAAUGGGAAGCACAACUGGCCAUUUUCUGAUCGAUACGUUGCUACCUCUGCACACGGAAAUGAGCCCGGUGUUCCCAUUUUGUGUCGAGCACGUCCAACUGUCGGCGGUCAUUUCGCAUUGUUGGCACUGAAGGGGCCGAGGUCUAUUGAAUGUUUGUCGAGUCAUGUCCAUAGACCAGCGUCUGAGUCUGCAGAAAAGACACAUGGGCAGAACCAUAUGUUUGAGUCUCAGGAGCUAUGA